GAUCCCGAGAUCAUCUAGAGUCUGGCCCGUGCAGAGGAGCCACCUCGGCCGAGACACCAGAGAGACCGAGCUGGAAGGCGAGAACCUGCCGCCUCGCAGUCCCAGGCUUCGAAGUGAAGAGCCAGCAAACCUGGAAGAGUUUCAAUUUGUGAAGAUCUCAAGAACCAAGACAGUGACUUUGGCUCCAAAGCUUCAAGAUUUUGGUCUGCUGGAACUAUAUCCCCCGAGAGGACCUGUCCACCAAAGGGUCGUCUUCUGCCGCUGACCCCCAUCAAAUCCCAUCAUGCCCACAGCCCUGUGCCCACGAGUCUUGGCUCCAAAGGAAAGCGAGGAGCCCAGGAAAAUGCGGAGUCCUCCUGGAGAGAACCCCAGCCCUCAGGGUGAGCCUCCCAGCCCAGAGUCCUCUCGACGCCUCUUCCGCCGGUUCCGAUACCAAGAGGCAGCAGGCCCAAGGGAGGCCCUGCAGCGCCUCUGGGAGCUGUGCCGUGGCUGGCUUCGGCUCGAAAGGCACACGAAGGAGCAGAUCCUGGAGCUACUGGUGCUGGAGCAGUUCCUGGCCAUCCUGCCAUGGGAGAUUCAGAGCUGGGUGCGUGCCCAGGAGCCGGAGAGUGGAGAGCAGGCUGUGGCUGCCGUAGAGGCUCUGGAACGGGAGCCAGGGAGACCCUGGCAGUGGCUCAAGCACUGCGAAGACCCGGUGGUGAUUGACGAUGGCGAUGGCCCUGGGCCUCAGGACCUAGAACAAGAACGAAUGUCAGCAGAGUCUCAGAGCAACCCUGAUGCCCAGCCUGUGGCCCUCGCACAGGGCCUAGGGCUCCUAAGCAGACCACCAGGCCACCCCACUGAGGACCCAGUUCCGCAAGAUGCCUUCCUUGUUCAGGAGCAGAGUGUCAGGGAUGCCCAGCCUAUGACCAUCUGCCAGCUGCCCCAGAACCGUGUUUCUCCAUUUAAAGACAUGAUCUUAUGCUUCUCAGAAGAGGAUUGGUCCCUUCUGGAUCCAGCACAGACUGGUUUCUAUGGAGAGUUCAUCAUUGGGGAAGACUACGGGGUCUCCAUGCCUCCAAAUGACCCUGCAGCUCAACCAGACCUCUCACCCGAAGAGAACGGACCACGGGUUACAGAGAUGGCAGACCUCCAGAGUAAAGACGCACCCCAGGUCUCCUGCCUAGACCUUCCCAGCCUCCAGCCAUCCCAAGAAGAAGGAAGGAAGUGGGAGGAGCUGCAGGUGCCAGAGCUCCAGUCCUGCCAGCAGGUGGCGCUCACUCAAAGUCCUUGUCCAGGAGGUGACCCACCACCUAUAAAGAGCAGCCUGGACCAGGAGGUGACCAUUGAUAUCGUGUUGUCCAGUUCUGGGGAUGAGGACUCCCAACACAGCCCGUACUGCACUGAGGAGCUAGGGAGCCCUGCAGAAAAGCCUCACAGUCUCCCGACUCACCGGAGGAGCACUGAAGUUGGGGGUGAGGUGCAGAACUCACAGAAGUCUUACGUGUGUCCGAACUGUGGAAAGAUCUUUCGCUGGAGGGUCAACUUCAUCCGGCACCUGCGUAGCCGCAGGGAGCAGAAGCCACACAAAUGCUCAGUGUGUGGAGAGCUAUUCAGUGACAGUGAGGACCUGGAUGGACACCUGGAGACCCAUGAGGCCCAGAAGCCCUACAGGUGCACUGUCUGUGGAAAGAGCUUCCGCCUCAACUCACACCUGCUCUCCCACCAACGGAUCCACUUGCAGACAGACAAACAGCAACCCGUGCAGAAGAGUGAGGAGGAUGCGUUGGAAACGGAGGGCACAGGUGCCCAUGCCCUGCUGGAGAAGAGCAAGGCCAAGCUGGGCUUCCAGUGUGGGAACUGCGGGAAGGGCUUCCAGCGACAUGACCAUCUGGUGAGACAUCGUAGCCACUGUCGCUUGAAGAAUGAGGCCCGUCCCCUCCAGUGUCGGUACUGUGUCAAAACUUUUCGGCAGAAUUAUGAUCUCCUCCGCCACGAACGCCUGCACAUGAAGCGUCGCUCCAAGCAGGCUCUGAACUCAUACUGAGCAGGGUGUGGCCCCCAAGCUAGUCCUGCCCCAGCACAGAGCCCGAACCACCUGUCCUUUGCUCUCAGGUAGUGUCCAACUUCUGGUGCCAGGCCUCUUCCUCCCCAGAUAGAAAGUAGCCACCUGAGCAUUCCUUCUACUGUGCCAAAACCCAGGGAGGUGAGGCAACUUCAGCCUCAAGAUCUGCAUCUUAGAGCCCUCCAGCCGCUUGCUCCAGCCCUCAGAGGUACUGGGCUGCCCCUGUCCCAUGGUUUGGAGGUGCAUGGUGUGGAUAGUGGAGAGCUUGCCUAAAGUUCUGACCCUGGACCUGUCCUCAGAAGUCAGCCUGAGAUCAUUGUGUCCAGGAGAGUGCCCCACAGAUCUACAGAUGGCCAGGAGGACCUCUAGGAUCUGUGGGGGAUUAGGCCAGGCCACUGACCAUAUGGGGAUCGGGAGCUCACAUUUUACAAGUGUGUGCACCUAUCCCAACAUGUCUUAUUUGUGCCACAAAGAUCCUUCAUAAAUGUGGGAUGGAAACUGCCUGUCACUACUCAGAUUCCUCCCUGUUCUGUCUGAGAAUUGAGAGUUUGGUCCCUCAAGGUUCCUGCCUGGAGAGUCACACCCUGGGACAGAAGCUUCUGUGAAGCCAUGUCCUUCCUUCAAGGGUAUCAACUCCAAGGCAAUUUGUUUAGCUUCCUAGUGCUGUUAUAACUAGUACUAAACAUAGGCUCUUCUAACAGCAGCAAGUGGCAUUGACACUGUUAGGGAAGCUACCAGGCUGAGGUCUGGUGUCAGCAGGAUUGGUUCUUUCUGAGGUUAGAAGGAGGGAAUCAUCCUGGGUCUGGUGGUCACUAACACUUGUCUGUAGCCCUGGGCUUGUACAGAUGUCUCUCCGUCUUUGCCUUCAUCUCCACUGUGUCAGUCUCCAAACUUACCUUUUGUACAAGGAUCCCAGUUUUUGGGUUGGGGCUCACCCUGUCUGCUGCAGCAGAACCCCACCUACAUCUGGAGUGACCAUUUCCAAAUAAAGUCACAUCUUGAGGUACUGGGAGUAAGGACUUCAACACUGGGGUUUGAGUGGACAUAGCCAAACUCCAGAUAAUUCCAUGGUGCUGUUGUUAUUCCUGCCCCAGAUGAACCAAUUCGAACUUGAGGUAGCGUGCUUUCAUUCCUUUGAAUGCUGGACUCAAUUCCAGUUGUGUGCUUUCAGAGCUACUGCCAUCUGCAAGGAAGAAUCCUCAUCCGUGGCCUUUCAUCUCAGAGCCUGCGAUUCUGGGAGUGGUUGUUGGUAGGAAACCUCAAGCAAUCAAAAAUGUGGUCUUACUGCCCUGGCCCACUGGUGUUGGCCAGGCUCAGCCAUGAGGGUGUUGGCCUCAGUGUGACUGUGACUGGCUGUGAGAGCUGCAGCCAGGCUGGUUCUGUAGGCUGUACCAGCUCUCAGCUGUCAGGAAGCCUGGGAAAAUGAAUUCAAGGCCUCUGGUGCUCUCUCCUGAUUUUCAUAUCAAGAAGUCUAUUUCAGACCCAAUCAAAGAAUUAUAAGACUUCUUUUUCUGCUCAGUGCAUUACCCAGAGAUAGUAAAUGCAAUAAAAUCAUUUGGUCACAUCUUGAACAAGAAAUAAACUGUCAAAGGUCCUAGUUUCUAAA